CUUAUGGAAGCCAGGAAUGGCAUGGUGGCGUCAACAAGCAAGCAGCUGCAGCCUGCAGUCUAGCAGGGUCCUCUGCCAACAUGCCUUCUGAUGAUGUAAUUCCCCUGAAUCUUGAAAUAAUUUCGGUCAACACGGAAGUAGCAAACUCACGACUGAAAAAAAUAUGUUUUUGUUUUGGUUCUAGCGAAUAGCUACUGUGUCGCAAUCAAGCAAGCUUCAUACUGUGUUGUCAGCUAGCACGCUUGCUAACUUCGCUUGACCGCACCUUGAAAUUGCCCGCGUACCUCCCUAGUAAGCAAGAGAACUCCAACAAUCCAGGUAUGGCGGUGUCUGCGCGUGGCCUUUACUUCCUGACCACUCUCUUCCUGGGCAGCUUCUUCGGGAGUGUGUUCAUGCUGGGGCCGUUCCUGCCCCUCAUGCUCCUCUCCCCCGCCUGGUACCGCUGGCUGACCGACCGCAUCGUCGCCACCUGGCUCACCCUGCCCGUGGCCUUGCUGGAGGUGGUGUUCGGGGUGAAGGUGGUGAUCACGGGCGACGGCUUCGUGCCGGGCGAGCGCAGCGUCAUCAUCAUGAACCACCGCACGCGGCUGGACUGGAUGUUCCUGUGGUGCUGCCUGCUGCGCUACAGCUACCUGCGCCUGGAGAAGAUCUGCCUCAAGGCCGGCCUCAAAGCUGUGCCCGGCUUCGGCUGGGCGAUGCAGGUAGCCUCCUUCAUCUUCAUCCACCGGCGCUGGGAGGAGGACCGCACCCACAUGGCCAACAUGCUGCAGUACUUCUGCCACAUCAGGGAGCCCCUGCAGCUCCUGCUCUUCCCCGAGGGCACCGACCUCACCGAGAACACGCGAGCGCGAAGCGACGACUUCGCCGAGAAGAACGGCCUGCCCAAGUUCGAGUACGUGCUGCACCCCCGCACCACCGGCUUCACCUUCAUCGUCAACACGCUCCGUGAAGGUGACAACCUGGACGCCGUGCACGACAUCACGGUGGCCUACCCGAAGAACAUCCCGCAGACGGAGCGCCACCUGGUGCUGGGGCUGUUCCCGCGCGAGAUCCACUUCCACGUGCGGCGCCACCCGGUCUCGGCGCUGCCCGCCGGCGGCGAGGCGCUGCAGGCCUGGUGCCAGGAGCGCUGGGUCGAGAAGGAGCGGCGCCUGCGCGACUUCUACGCCGCCGAGCCGCGCGCCUUCGACACGCCCGAGGCCCGCGUGCCGCCCUGCAAGACGGAGCUGCGCGUGGCGCUGAUCAAGGUGGCCUCGCUGCUCUACUGGACGGCGUUCGUGGCGCUCUCGUUCGCCGCGCUGUGGCUGUGGGCGCCGGUGCGCCUCUACUUCCUGCUGGUGGUGGCCUUCUUCCUGGCGCAGCAGCGGCUGGUGGGCGGGGUGGAGCUGAUGGAGAUGGCCUGCCACCGCUAUUGGACGGCCGGUCGUCACGGCGACGGCGUCGGCGGAGGAGGAAGGUCGGGGGUCAAGGAGGACGUCGGGAACGGGAUGGAGAAGAAGAAAGAGUGAAGACGGAGACAGAUGGAGCCACCCAACCCCCUCGCUCUCGCCCCUUCGGAAGGAAACGGUUGAGGGUGUGUGUGUGUGUGUGCGUCUGGGACGACGUCCUUCCCAGGAGGUGGCGGUGCGAGGCGAGUGCCAUUUUUAUUUUUUAUUUUUCUCGUGGAGGCUGGACGGAGAGGAAACAAUCACUCACACACUCUCUCUCUCUCUCUCCUCAUGCCAAAGCUUCAGGCAGAGAGUGCAGCUCGCUUUUCCUCCCGCCAUCCCUGCCCUCCGUCUCGUUCUGUCGUUCGCUCUCCUUCGCUCACACGUGUUGUCCAUAAUGCUGGCCGUCAAACAGGGGCAAACCGGGCAGCGCUGCCGUCCAGCUCUGGAAGACGGAGAAGGUUUAAAUAUUAUGAAUGUGUAAACGGACGAGGUCACUGACUGGUCACUGACUUGGUACAACGUCAGGAACUAAUGUAGAAGAACACGCAAGAAUCAGAAAUAUCUUAAGUGCGGAAUGCUGUUCUGCCAAUCGUUGCUGUAUGUGUUUGGUGAAUGUUUAUAUGGCAGUCUGGUGGUUACUUUACUUGAAGGUCAGCCAACCAUCCACUUUACAAUCGCCCUUCUCUUUCUCCCUCUCAGUUUCACUUUGUUUUUGUCUUGUCUUAAACGGGAGAGAAGCCUUUUGUUUUUUCCUUCUCACAGCCCAGGCUGUGUCGUAUGUCAUUUACAUGAUAUUACUUUAUAUGCCAGAUUAUACCAUUUUCUAUAAUCACAGCCAUAUUUUAUAAGGUAUCUUUUAAAAUCGCCAUUGUUUUUGUUUAAGUGUUUUGAUUUUUGUUGUUGUGUUAGUUGUCGUCGUGUCAUGUUUUUUGUCCUUCAGGAUAUCAGAGCCAUAUUUGUGUUGCCAUGCCACACGCGGCCCUGGGCUGCACUUGUCCUGUUUUUUGAACGUUAAUCGCAACUGUAGCCAAAUUUAGCGCUGUGUCGUGGAGUCGAGUCGAGAGACAUCACUCCUGUAGCCAAUAGACAUCAUUCGUAGUGCUGGCCGGCCGGCCGCGUUCAGAACGCAAAAGCCGCGCUAAAACACUCUCUCAUCUGAAACCUCUUUUUCUCUAAACUGUGAUGAGUUUACACAGAGCCCCGACUCACCUUAGCACAGGUGUGUGUGUGUGACUGUGUGCGCGAGUGUGUGUGUGUGUGUGUGCGUGUGUGUUUUUGUACAUUUAUGAAGCCGCAUCUUUAACGUCCUGUUUUUCUAUAGCAGGAGUAUGUAUGCGUUUGAUGCUGGAUCUAUAGCUGUUUAUACUGCAGGUGUGUGUGAGUGUGUGUGCGUGUGUGUGUGUGUGCGUACGUGUGUGUGUGUGUGGUUGCAUGGCUAUUGGAGCUGUUGCAUGGAAACGGCAGAGGCAAAGGUAGUGCGCUAGACCAACACUGUGUGGUGGCCUUAAGCCAAACCACCGCUGACUUAGAGUGCUAACUGGAGAUUAGACGACAUCACCAAUCAUAGACUACUCAUGUUACGCUGAAUCACAAUCAGAUGCUGUCUUGAUGAUGACAUCCUUCUCUUCAUAACAGGUGUAGUAUGUGUGUGUGUGUAUGUGAGUGAGUGUGUGUGUGUGUGUGAGUGUGUGCGCGUGUGUGUGCAUCUAUAUGUACGUGCAGAGGAAAACUGGCCUUGGACACUGUGAUGGAGAACUGUAGCUUGCAAAACUGGUCAACCUGUACCAAUUACACUACUACUAUAAUAGAUCUCAUAAACUGAGAUUCACUCUUUGCCCUUAGUCUCUCCAUGUUAUACUGGAGGUGAUCCCCCCUGUUAUCCUCUCAGGUAAAGUUUAUCACUUUCAUGAUCUCUGUAACCACUCUGUUAAAGAACUUCAAAUAAACAUACACUUCUUCCACCA